CCGGCAACAGGAACGUGUGAGGCUGCGCGGACCAUGUUUCAAGAGCGGUACCUGAAGACGCAAUGAGGGCGGUCCGAGCAACUCAGCCGAGAGGAACGCCGCAAUGCCAUUUUGGUAUCGCACCCUGGAGCCAAAGUCUGCAGCGAGCAAAAAUUAUCUUCGCUCUUGAUGAGGCCGGGGCAUCCGAGCGCCGAGCAGCGAUGCUCUGCCCUCAUUCGGCAAUGGAUGCGUCACCUACCGACAUCAAGAUCAGUUCCAAGCCACCGUAGCCCAAGCCACUACGUCUUUCACAACUCGGUGCACGACCGCCCCUCCAAAACCACCCCACCUCUCCACACUCUGUUAUCGCCGUUGCCGUUUGCGCCAUGCCUAUCCGCAAUCCGUUCCGACGCACUCCGGGCGCUGAGGUCGUCGACGAGGUGAAAAGCGCCGACGGCACUGCCACCAAGCCUCUCCAGAUUAAAGAACCCGCAGAAUACAAGCUGAGCGAGAUCAAUGACAGCGGAGUAUACUUGCCUCCAUCCCCAACCGAGAAGCCCACCUUCUGGCACUCCAAGUCCAACGUCUCCACCACUUCUUCCAACCACAGGAGUCUCCUAAAUGAGAACGAGCCCUUCAGCAUCUCGCGGGAGAGCUUCGACUCUUACCGGAGAUCAUUCGACAUCUCCGCACGUUCUCCCAUCCCAGACUGUCUCGACCCACGGACGCGCCAAUCUCUCGAUGCCCGCAGGUCACUCGAUACGCGGCGCUCGCUCGACGUGCGCCGCUCGCGGGCCCCGCCGAGGGCGUCGUUACAGGAACACCGCCCCGCCAGCAGCGCACACGAGGGCGUGCCCGAGGAAGGAGGCUUUGAGGACGUUGGGCUGAACGACGAGCCGAAGCCACAGCCGAAAAAACGCGGCAUCUUCGCACGCUUUGGCGACAAUCAUGAUGUCGACGCCGCAAAGGAAGACAAGCCCGCCAGUCACCACUUCUCCUUCACUGGGCGCAAGCGGGCACAGAGUGGUGGUCAAGGAUCUGAGAUGAAGAGCAUGCCCAAACCCUCGACCCCGCAGCCGCCCACGGCUGAGGCUGUUGAGGCACGUUAGAUACCCACUUGACAUGUUGAUAUCGGGCAUCUGCGGUGCGAUUGGUAUUACAUCGCAUCGCACUGGCACAAGCAGCCUUUCAGGGUCUUGCUUCACGGGCGUUUGGCGUACACUGGCGUUUACAUAUGGAACUCCGCAGCAUAUCCGGCAUAACGGGAGGUUCGGC